UUUGCCGCCUCGGCUCCUCCCUUUCCCCCACCCAUCUCCCUCGUGCACCCUCAUCCUCCGGGCACCCCCUCGCUCCUUCUUCCUCCUCCUCCUCCUCAGAUGGGGGGAGGGACUGGAAAGAGAGAGGGAGACAGUUUCAGAUGAGCGAAGCAGCUGUUGCUCCGGAUCAAGCUGGCGUCACUUUCUUCCUGCAAGUAGCACCGGCGCUCGAAAAAGAGAGAGGAGCAAUAAAUUAAAAGAGCUUCUAGACCUGGGCUCGGGUGUUAGUUUUUCUUUUUUUCCUGUAUUUUUUUUUCCGGACUGAAGGAAGCGGGGAUCACCGCCGUGGUGGAUUGACCGUGCUUCUCGAUUCUGCUGCGGUUUGGGGCUGAGCUUCCUCUAGGCAUCCGGCGCCUGCUCGGCCGGCUGGGAUCUGAGUGCAGGACGACGAGUUAAGCACCAACGUUUUCCAUUUGGAUCGCCCGGCAGACAGAUUGCUGUUUUUUUUUAAAGAAACCUCGUGCGUCGCUCCCUCUCCCCCCCCGUUGCCUUAUCGAGCCUCCCCCCCCUCGAGUGAUUUCCCCAGCCGCCCGGGGGAGUAAGAUGCGCUUGUGGGGGGCAGCCUUACCUGCGGGGAGCGACGGAGCCAAAGACCGACAGCACCAGAACUCAUGGAUAUCCAAUGAAGUGGCAUGCUGGAAGACGCAGGACAAACGAAAGAAAGUGCUUCUUCACACAGCAGCUCAUAGUUAAGUUAUGGAAUUUGCUCCUACGGGAAGCAGAGAUGGUCACCGACUUGGAUGGCUUUAAAAGAAGAUUAGACAAAUUCAUGGAAGAGUAUCCGGAGUGAUUCUCCUGCUGCACUUUCAAGACCAGAGACUGUGAGGGCUGUAUAAUGGCAGAGAAGCGACACUUGGAGGCCGUGGGGGCCGUGACUUACAACAAGCUUCCUAGGCUGGAUGUGGAGCCAGGCCACGUCCUUGCGGCAGGUUUGUGCAGAUCAAGCGCACUGCCUGGCUAUGCCUCGGAAAACCAUUACAGCUACAAUGGAUCUUACUUCACGUACCCGCUGCAAUGCCAUGAAGGACCCAAGUCUUUGACUCACUGGACUCCCACCGAGGCCUACCCACAUUGCACAGGCAGUGCAGUAAGCCAGCAACUGAGGACAGAGAAAGCUCUUUGCAUGUUGUAUAGGCAUGAAGCAGAAAGCGUUGGGGCACGGGGGCAAACCCCCGUGCACGAGAAGGGCAACGGGUGUAUGGCUCGAGAUGCAUUGACUGCUCAGGAGAAGUGGGCCAACUACAUGGGCCAUGCGGGUGUUGUUCAGCAGGGCUGGAUGCAUGGCUACCCAGCACAGCAUUCUCCUCGAAUGCCAGUAGGUUUCCCGACUUUGGCGGUGCCUAAACCAGUGUAUCGAAACCAUGGUUACUCAGUGGAGUCCGACUACAGCCCCAAAGGCUCCCUAGCCUUGGGAAUGCAGGUGGAAAGUGUGCCGAAGCGGUCUCCGGGCGCAGAAUGGGCUCUGUCACCAUCGGGACAUCCAGUUCAUGUGGGGAGCCCCAGUUGUGGCCCUGCUGUGUCCAAAAAAUCGGUGGUUUCUGAUUCUGGUUUCCUGCCAUUACACCAAGGGCCCAAAGAUGCCUCCAUGAGCUCAGCCAGCUUUUCAGCUUUCGGCAGGGUGUUUGAAAAAUGUCAAGAGAUGAGUAACACUUCUUUUCUGGAAACCAGUUACCCUGCUGUGUACAACAGCCAGAAGAAUAUUCCUGAGGCUCAUGGUGGAAGUCCUGGCAAACAUGCAUGGUCUAAGCUACCUCCUUCUGCCAGCUCGCUGACCAAUCCCCAGAACCUCAUGUAUCAAGAUAGGUCAACUGCAUGCUACCCUUUAACCUCCUACCCACUUACAUCCCAUGAUCAGAUGCUUCUGUACCACCAGAGCUAUGCUCAGGCAGAGAAGCCAAACUCUUUGUUUCCUUCGCCAGCCUGCAAAGGCUUUGGCUCCCGUGGCGGCGAGGAUCCCCAACUUCUUGCAGGAUCUUACUUAACGCAAACGCCAAGGAGUUAUUAUCCUAGUCACCUGGAGAGCUACCUCUACAGGUCAGCUGGACCUCCUCCAGUGACCUCUCCGGGCCUUCAGCCUUUGCGGGAACAUGAGCCCCAACAGAGUGCGAGGUCCAAAGUGGACUUGGUGCAGGAGACGCCCAUCUCUGCAUGUGCCCUGUCUGAAAAAGAUUCCUAUUGUGGUUCUUUCUCCAGCAGAGACGGCCUUCUGGAUUGGCGUGAGGGGGAACAUGUUGCAGGGCUAACCAACGAGAGCUUUCAAAGUAAACGGGCAACUCCUCAGCACCAGGUUUUCCAAGGGCAUCACUCUGUCGACAAGUUGCCUGGCUUUGAUGGGCUUGGGCCAGUGCAGGAGGCCACCUGCAGGGUGGGCCUUGGCCAGUUGGAAAAAGCCAGGGCUAAGGGUGAGGAACCCUCUUACUCUCCUAAAAAUUCUGCGUUGACAUCUGAAGGCAAGAAAAGGAAUGCCAGGGUUUGCACAGCAGAAUCGGAAGCAUGCGUAGUCAUUUCUGAUAGUCCUGUAACAUCCCACGACUCCUGCCCCAAGGAAGAUCCACCAAAAAACAUCCCCGGGGGUUCUUGUUCAUCUUUCCAGAAUAUGCUACAGUCACCAGAACACAAAAUGGUGGUCGUUAACAGACCUGAGGAACCUCUGCUUCCUCCUUCCUCCCCUCCUAUGCCAGUUAUCAACAAUGUCUUUAGCUUGGCACCUUACCAAGAGUAUUUGGAGGGUUCUGCCGAGUCAGCAGAGAUUCCCCUCUCUAAAAGUUGCCAGACUGAGGAGCCUUCUCUCGAUAGCUUGGGCAGAAGCAUGGAAGGUGGAGGCUCGCCCCAGCCAGACUCCGUAGGGUCAUCGAAAGCAUCCAGGGUGCAGCCAUCUGAAGGGAAGGAAAUGGCCUACACUGUGAUAGCAGAAGUUAGUAACAGUGACCCGAGUGGCAAAUCUGCAGGGACAGAGGGAGGGAGUGGAGAUUGUGCUGGGACUUGGGAGAGUUGCCAGGUCAAACUCUUGCUCCCAAGUGAGCCUGUGUCUAGUCGGCAGUUCCUGAUAGGUUGUGCAAAUGGUGGUGUUGAGGGACUUGCCACAGAAGGCCAUGCUUUAGACCUGAGCUUUAAAAUGGAAGGUGUGGUGGAUGUGCCCAGUCUUCAGAGGCAACCUGGGAAGACAGAGGCUGUUGCAAGGGGAAGUUCGAAGAGUGCAAAGGGAAAGGAGAUGAAAGAGAAGCUGAACAAGAGGCAGGAGACUAACUUGCAGCUGCCCAUGAAAAGUGACUCUGUGGGAAAGAGCAAUUUUCACAGCUCUGCAACGUUCCUGUACAAAAAAUUCAAAAUCCCCAAAUCACAUGCCACUGGGGCAGGCUCCGCAGUGCAACCAAGCUCGUCCUCAUUUCAGCUAAGCUCCCAUAUAUUUGCUCUGGCCAGUGAUUUCUCUCUGCAACAAGACUUGGAGCAAGCAGCGACUGAGCAAACUGGCCUGCAGAUUCAGCAAAGCCUCCACCCCGCAGCAAUGCGGCAAAACAGCCUUCCAGUACAGCAAAGCUUCUAUCCAGCAGCAAUGCGGCAAAACAGCCCGCCUGCUCAGCAAAGCCUCCACCAAGGAGUGACUCAGCCUGAAACACCACUUUUGCCACAGAAUGGUUUUAACAAGCUGUCAGAUGCUUCAAAAGCCCGGCUUUCUCAUGAGCCUGCUGGUUCUCCUGCAUUAGUAGAGUCUCAAGUCUUGCUUCCCACCAGCAGCAAAUCUAACGGCCAGCAAAACACGCCCAGGCAGCAUUUCACUACCCUGCAUACCUCCGUCUGCGCCAUCAUAUCCUGUUCAGUGUCUGCCUCCUCUCCGGAGCAGCUCAAGGAGUGGCUAGAGAAGGCCGAGUCCAAAGAGGGGCUCCAAGAGAAGGUGGCAGGUUCGGGCAAGGCCAGGAAUGGUUCCAAGGCCUCCGAAGCGCCAACGCCAUCCAAGGGCAAGGAGAUCUGGCUGGCUUUCAAGGACAUGGCUGUGUCCCUGAACAAGCUGCUGUCUCAGCUGGAGACAAUCCUGUUUACUUGCAAGUGCCCCUUCCCUCACGUGAUCCGAGCAGGCACCAUCUUCAUCCCCAUCCAUGUGGUGAAGAAGACGCUCUUCCCCAACCUCUCCAGCGUGUCUGUGGACCACGUGCUGCAGGAUCACAAGGUGGAGCUGCGUCCCACCACCCUAUCCGAGGAGAGGCUGCUGAGGGACUUGGAGCUCAAGAGCUGCACCUCCCGGAUGCUGAAGCUGCUGGCCUUGAAACAACUGCCCAAUAUCUACCCGGAUCUCCUGAAUCUCCACUGGCAUGACUGUGUCAAACAACAGCUUGGUGAUCCUGCAAAAGAGACCCCAAAGAGCAACACUGAAGCUUCAGCUGCAGAAGGCUUGAAGGCAAUGGAUGCAGCCAUAUGUUUACAGGGUACGACAACGAAGUCUCUUGCCCAGGGCUUCAGAGGGAAGCACAAGCGAGGCAAAAAAUGUGGAUCGGUUCCUUGCUUGCCCUCUAAGACCCACCAACAAGUAGGCAACAAUAUGUCUCAGGGACCUUCCUCACUUUCCAUCCAAAGGGGCUGUGCAUUAAAGGGAACAGAACUGCGGCCUGAGGAAGACUCUGCCUCUGUGGCCUUGAAGACCAAAGGACUCCCCCUUCACUCUGGUGCUAUGAGGCGACUCCUGCCGGCCGCUAAACUCCCCAGAGCUCUUCAGGUGAAACUGACUAAUAAAGUUGCCAGGAAAACAGCCAGUACCUCAAAGAGCCUUCACCACCUCCAGAGGUCUGUGGUCUGCAUCAAAUUCCAGAAUGCUCUUCGAGAUAUCCAGGGGCCUCCAGUCCAUAGUGCUGCGGGGAAGAAAAGGGAAAAGCCGGCUUCGCUGCUCCUGAAGAGCUUCAGGCGACGGACAUGCGGUGGUGCAAGAGCCUCCGCUUUGCCUUCUCAGUAUCCAGAACUAGUCGGCAAGCGGAUCAGGCACUUGUAUGAGGAGAAGGACAAGACAGAGGCGUGGUAUCAGGGAGUGGUGCUGCGAAUUCACAAACACCACAAGAACCCUCUGAAGACGGUUUACGAGGUGAAAUAUGACAGUGAACCCGAAUGGCAAUAUUACCUCGAGAUUUUGCAGGACUAUAAGAAAGGCUGGUUGGAGCUGGAUGAGUGAGUGAGUGUGUCUGUGUGUGUGAGAGAGAAAGAAGGCUGAAAGCAUCAGCAUUUUCCAAAGUCCUGGGCACCUCUGUGGCUCUGACACAGGCCUAAUUGCAGUGCCCUUUGGGGGGGUGACAAGGACUCAAGCCAAUGUUCCUCCUAUGCCCUCUGCCAAAUGCCACAGGGCUCCACAUGGCUUCAGGAAACCUUGCCAUGUUGUGGUAGAUUUUGGUGGCGGCUAGAUGUUGCAAAAGACGGCUUCUAUGCUCUCCCACCCAACACCAAAACAUUUUGGACUUGCUGCUGAUGGAUGAAGCUGGCUGCUGUAGGCCAGAUCAGGAUCCCCUGCGUGGAUAGAUUUGGGGGUCCAUUCUUACAUUGCCAGAACAGCAUGAGAAAGUGGCAAUCGCCAGUAAUGCUGAAGUGGGGAAUCUGUGGUCCUCUAGCUGUUGUCGGGACUCCAUUUUCCAUUACCCCUACUCAGGAUGGCCAAUGGCCAGGGAUAAUAGAGGUUGUAGUCCAAUAGCAUGUGGAAGGGCACAGAAAGUUAAGAACAGACCCAAAGCCAGCUUCUGAUUGUACCUGGUGGCUCCUGAUGCGGGAAGGUGGUGUAGUUCACUGGAUUCCCUGCCAAACAUGAGGCAUCCAGCUGGCUUUCUGCGUAUUCUGAAGUCAUCCACACAAAAAGCUGAAGCAGUUGUGAGUCCAGGUGCUAGAGGAUAAUUCCAUUAAGUGGAAAGAUUUUGCAUGGAAGUUUGUAGCUCGCUGUACCUUCUGCGGUCCUCCCCCCAUCCCCUAACAAAAGUAAUGAAUCCAGCCUUGCUGGUUCAGCGGCAUAACUGGAGAAGAAACUUCUACUGGCCACUUGCCCUAUUUGCACCCCCCCCCCAACCAGUAGCUAAUGGAACUGAGCCGCUUUGUUCCUUCCGGGUAUCACAUGGAAGGAAACAAACCAUGGCUUAGCAUUAUGAGUUGUAUCCAGCUAAGUCCUUCUCAGAGUAGACCCAUCAAAAUGAAUGAACCUAAGUUAGUUGUGUUUAUUAAUUUCAAUGGGUCUUCUCUGAGUAGGACUGACUUUGGCUACAACCCUGUCUCCAGCUCAGGAAAUGUGGUUUCUGUUGCUCAAAACAAGCCACAGUCUGCAGCCAACAUUUGUUUGUGGCUUAUCCGUUGGAGUUUGUUUGAGGGAAAGAAACCUCAACCCCAUAAUUCAACCCAUAAUGCUAAGUUAGGGGUUGUGGCUUGCUUCUCCCGUGAGCUAACAGAGAGGAAGAAAGCGGCCCAGGUCAGUGCAUUUCCCAUAUAAGCACGGUUUGCCAUGAAGUGUGGAUUGGCCCCAUGUGUUUUAACUGGCUUACAGUUCAACAAACAUGUUGAAUGUGAAAUAUCUCGCUGUUGGAUCUGAUUACCCCUGCAGCUCCUGGCUCAACAUGUCAGGGUUGCCAUGACUGCUUUGCGUGCUGCAGCAUGGGUGGACGGAAGGGAUCAUUGCAGCACUAAGACAGGAGGAGGCGCUGUAGCAGAAACAGCUGCUCUCACACACUUUCUUGGGGCCUCCCAAUUUUUAAAGUAAAAGGCAAGCAUUUUUGGCAAACUCCUGUUGGCAUUGCAGAAAGGGCUGCCUUUCAUGGGUCUCCUUUUCCUAUUAGGAAAGAGGAUUUCAGUCACGGGAGAGCCUAUGCUUCCUACCACACUCUGGUCCUUUCUUUUAUUUUUAAGACCUUCUUUCCUUGCUGAAUUAACCUGCUUGAACUUUCCAGAUAAGGUGAUAACCCUGAUUUCUGAGUUGCCACUCUUCAGAUCCAGAUGGGGAGUAACAUGACUAAAUGUGCCUUUGUACAAUAGGUGUACAUAUAUAAAAUAUCCUUGCAGAUAGGUUAGCAUGGCAUGAAGAAAGAUUGUAUUUUAAACUUUCCCAACAUGUGCUACUUUUCUAUGUACAAUGAUUGUGAGUGGGAUUGGGGGAACGUUUAGUCUUGGUAGCCCCCACCUGCCAUCUGAAGAGACUCAGUCCAGAAACAACUUUAUCACUUCACCUGCUCUUUAUGAGAACAAUGAUCCAUGCUUAAUACUCAGUGUGGACCACUUAAUACCUUUUUAUCACUAUUACCUUCCUGUGAGUGUUUUUUUUUUUUAAAAAAGAGAACAUGAUGAGUUUGAAGGAUUGUGGUUUCUCCAUAAUGUCAGUGAGAACAUGGUUUCUAUACUUAAAUGGCUGAUUUUUUUGUGGCUUAAACUACCACAUUUUAGAAAUGUGACAUGUUUGCCUUUAUAAGGAGUUGCUGCUGCCUUCAGAUUUUUUUUAAAAAGCUUCUAAUUUGGUACUUUAUCUGCAAGUUUUGAACUAGAUCUGGCUAUUGUUUCUGGACUUAAGUCUCCAUUUUUAGUAGCUCUUGAACUUGUAUUGCCUCUAUAAAAGAGAAUCAGAAAAGCAACUAUGAGUGAGUUCAGCUCUGUUAUGUGGAAAUUUGGAUAUCACUCAAGACCCUUGAAGAAAUGUUUAUGCUGGUGACAAAGUUAUUGCUGGUAACUUUUUUUGGAAUGAAUUCUGAAAAAGAAAAGUGGUAUCAAUAAUGGCAGGUAGCUCUAUGACAGGGGUAGCUAACAUGCCCUCCAGCUCUUGUUGUACUACAACUCCCAUCAUCCCUGACCAUUGGUCAUGCUGGCAGAGUCUGAUGGAAGUUGGUGUCCAACAAUAGCUGGAGGGCACCAUGUUGGCUACCCCCAGCACAUGCUGAAAUUGGCAGCAAUCAACUCGAAUUGGGCCACAUUAACACCAUACAUUUAUUCCACUAAAUGGUCAUGGCUUCCUGCAAAGCAUCUUGGGGACUGUAGUUAGGUGCUGAGAGUUGGUUGGGUCUUCUAUUCCUUUCACAGAGCUACAAUUCCCAGAGUUCCUGGGAAGAGGGAUUGAUUGUUAAACCAUCUGGGAAUUGUAGCCCUGUGAGCAGAACAGGGAUCACUUGACAACUGAGCACUUGGGGGAAGCUAUGACUGUUUAAAGUGGAAUAAAUGUAUGGUGUGAACAUGCCCUGGCCUGGGGGAUGGAGAUGGAAGACGUGGUUGUGCAUGGAUUGCAGAUAACUGAAGAAAGAACUGGCCUCUCCAACACACAUACUUUCAGCUAGCUCUUAGCAGAAUUCACAGGAGACCAGAAAGAAGACAAUACAGCAAGCUGGGUCACCUAGGAAGUGUUUUAUCUUAAGCAAAUCAUACAUAGGCAAUGGAUGCAUCACAGAGGCCCACAAGGAUUUGGAGUGAUGCUGUUUAGAGGCAGCAGUGUCUGCAUUUCCUCCCUGUUUUAUUCUUAAUUUUCUCUCCAGGUUUGUACUGAACAUGUCGAUGGAUUGGAAAAGAGGAAAGCCUGAUGGGAUAUUUCCCUACCUUGCACUCUUCAAUUUUUAAAAAAAUGAGUCUCCCCCCCCCCUUUUUUUUUUAAAUAGUACUGUGCAGCCAUUUGGAAACAAGUGUUUCAUACUGUAUGUUUUGUACAGUUUCAGUGGGAGCAUCUUUGCCUUUUUAUUUAAAAAAAAGUUUUGUAAGGAUACAAUUUCUUAAGAGGUGCUUCACCAAUAUUAAAA